AUGAAUCAUGAAAAUGACGAAUUAAAAAAAUUCAAAGGUAGACCUCUAUUCGAAAACGUGCAUCGAGUGAAACAGACGAGUCUCCUCUCCCACAAGGCCCUGGACCUGGACUUGAAGGGGUUCCUUAACCUGGCCGUAAUAUUAAUAUGUACAGUGAAUUUCAGGCUGAUUCUAGAGCGUAUAAAGAAGCGCGGGUUCGUUAUCAAUUUUCCCAACAGUAAGGAUGUCCUAAAGAAUUUACCCCUCCUAAUUUGUUUUGUAUGUCUAAGCGUAGGUCUGUUUUUCAGUUGGUUUAUAGAAAGGCACGUAACAUGUUGGUUGUUGUGUCAACCGUGCGGUGGUGAUGAGGGAGUCGGAGGGAGAAAGGGCUUUUGUGGGCGCUUCCUGCGUGAGGAUAAAAAUAACAAGAUGAAGGAAUUAACAAAUUGUGAAUUUAUAGACCAUAUAGGUUACUCGCGUGCGAGUGAUGAAGCGACAAAUGAUGGGAGUGUCCAUAGCGGAGGGAAAAGCCCCUCGGCGGUGAAACGCAGAGGAGCAAAAAAGGGGGAAGAGGAGAAUCUUGAGGAGGCAGUAACAGAAGAAGAUUUACCAGGUGGAGAUGCAGGAGGAUACUUAUUUAGUCCGUUUGACAACAUGCAGAGUUGGAGAGAAAAAUCGAAUGGGUGGAAGAAUUUCCAUCUGUCCAUUUUUUUACUAAGGUGCAUAAAUAGCAUAUUCAUCCUUCUGUUACCAUACUUAACGGUGACUCACUACGACGCAGAACCUUUUUUUUCGUCAAUCCUACUGACCAUAUCGAUAGUCUGGUUUUUUAAAAUAUAUUCGUUUCACCAAGUGUGUUAUGAUACGAGGAAAUUAUACAUCGAUAAGGUGAAUCUUGACAACAUAAAGGACCCUUCCUUUGAAAUAAAAUGCGUGAAGAAUUACCCUCACUGUUUGAAAUUGAAGGAUUACUUCACGUACAUGCUUAUGCCAACAUUAUGUUUCCAAUACACAUACCCAAGGACAGAGAAAACGAGAUGGUCUCGCGUAGUCAAGUAUUUCAUUGAGGCAAUUUUACUAACGGUAAUGAUAAAAAUAAUUCUAGAACAGUAUAUAUUUAUAACAAUAGAAAACACAUUUACCAUGAAGGAGUUCCAGUCAGCCCACUUGACCGUAAAAAUUACGCACAUAAUAGAAAGGAUGUUGAAGAUAUCUAUAGGGACGUUAUAUAUUUGGCUCAUUGGUUUUUUAAUUGUAUUUCAUCAUUGGUGUAAUAUUCUGGCUGAAAUAACCCGAUUUGACGAUAGGCUCUUUUACAAAGACUGGUGGAAUGCUAGUUCCUUUGCAGAAUAUUGGAGGAAGUGGAACCUACCAAUUCAUUACUUUGUCCACAGACAUAUUAACAAGCCUCUCAUUUAUUACGGCUUUAACAGAAGCUUCUCCAUGAUUAUCGUUUUUUUUAUUUCUGCUUUGUUACACGAGUAUUUAAUUAGCAUUCCUUUGAAGUUAGGUUUUUCUGGAUAUAUAUUUUUCUUUUUUAUUGGACAAAUUCCUUUGAUACAGUUAACCAACAAUACUUAUUUUAAAAAUCACAAGACAACUGGGAAUUCAAUUUUUUGGAUUGUUUUUUGCAUCACUGGCCAACCCCUCAUUUUGUUCAUUUACUACUAUUCAUGGGUCAGUCGCAAGGGCAUUUUGCAUCGCUGA